AUGGCGGUGCGUGUUCGGUUCGGUUGCGUUGGCCUAAGACGCGACCACGCCGCCCGCCUAGCCCCGGUUAAUGAUCGAUUCCACCCACCCCAUCGCCCUCCGCUAGCCACCAAGUCCACCAUCCGCAACCCGCUCCCUUUGCGCUCCGCCAACUCUCGCCGCGCGCAUUGCCUCCCCUCGACUCGACCCUUCUCCGGCCUUGCGCCCUCGCCAUUAUUCAGCCCGCGCCACUUCCCGCGCCCUCCUGUCCGCCUGACCGCGCCCGCCGCUCGCCUCCGCGACGCGCCUCAUUGUUUACUCGGUCGCACCGCAUUCCACGCGCUCUCACGCCCCCGCCUUCCGCUGCGUCGCCAACGCCCCGAAUACACUCGCCGCGAAAGAGCGACUCUGCCUCGCUCGACACGUCUGCGCGCCCUCUCUGCCGCCCGACGCAUGCUGAGCGUUGGAUGGAGCUGA